AUGCCAAAAGAACACAUUUCCAAAGAAGCAGAGUCCCACGGACUGACAUUAGGAGGGCUGCCAGGGAAUGUUCCCCAGCACCUUGGCUUCAGGAGCCGCCUAGAACAGCACAGCCACGGGAUGAUUAAGAGGACAAAGUCAAAGAGGAGAGAUUUCACAGAUGGGUCAACCAGGCAUCAGGAGGCCUGUGCUGUGGAGAGCGGGCAGAAGUGUGAGAAACUGGGAAAAUACAUUAGUGUUAGCACACAACUCACUACGAAUCAGACAGUUUCUAGCGGUCAGCUAUCUUAUAAGUGUGAAAAACGUGACAUCUUCAUUCGGAUGGCAGACUUCCACAGACAUCAGAGAUGUCACACUGGUGAAAAGUCUUUUGAAUGCAAAGAAUGAGGAAAAUACUUCGGAUAUAAUUCCUUACUUAUCCGGCAUCAGGUAAUCCACACUGGGAAGAAACCAGUUAAAUGCAAAGAAUGUGGGAAAGGUCUCAGUUCAGAUAUGGCCUUGAUUCAGCAUCAGAGAACCCACACUGGAGAAAAGCCCUAUGAGUGUCGGGAGUGUGGCAAGGCCUUCAGCUGCAGCUCCGUCUUCCUCCAGCACCAGAGGUUCCACACUGGGGAGAAGCUCCAUGAGUGUGACGAAUGUUGGAAAACUUUCAGCUGUAGCUCAAGUUUCAUCGUCCAUCAGCGAAUGCACACUGGGGAGAAACCCUACGGAUGUAAGGAGUGUGGGAAACGAUUAAGCUCCAACACGGCCCUGACUCAGCAUCAGCGGAUCCACACUGGGGAGAAACCUUUUGAAUGUAAGGAGUGUGGGAAGGCCUUCAAUCAGAAAAUCACCCUGAUUCAGCAUGAGCGUGUCCACACUGGUGAGAAACCUUACGAGUGUAAGGUGUAUGGGAAAACCUUUAGUUGGUGUGGAAGUUUCAUCCUGCAUCAGAAACGCCACGUGCAGAAGACAUCUAUCCAAGAGUAGCACUCUCCACAGCUAGGCUCACAGUGCCUCUUCUUGUUUCUCCCCAUCUUCAUGCUUUUGAUCAAUGUCAUCACUGCCUUUUCUGAACUGUGCUAAUUCUAUUUAUUUAUUUAUUUAUUUAUUUAUUUAUGGCUGCGUGGGGUCUUCAUUGCAGCACGCAGGAUCUUUCGUUGUGUCGCACCAGCUUCUCUCUAGUUGUGGCGUGGGCUCCAGAGUGUGCAGGCUCAUUAGUUGUAGCUCGCAGGCUUAGUUGCCCUGUGGCAUGUGGGAUCUUAGUUCCCUGACCAGGGAUCGAACCCGCAUCCCCUGCGUUGGAAGGUGGAUUCUUAACCACUGGACCACCAGGGAAGUCCCUAACUGUGCUAAUUCUUAAACAUCUGCUGCUUCUCUCUGCAUAACUGCAACGCGUGCUCCUCUGGCCUGUCCCACUAGGAUGUUUAAUUCAGACUCUCAGCUUCCAUCAUGAAACUUUCCUCAGGUUCUCUUAACCCUUGUUUCCCCAAGAUGAACUCUCUUUACAGUUAGAGAAGACAAACAAACCCCCAAACUUAAAAACAUCAAAGGAAGGUUUCCAGAUUGAAAGGAUACACCAAGUGCCCAGCAAGAUGGAUUGGGAGGAAACCUACAUCAAAGACCAUCACUGUGAAUGAUCAAAGCACCAGGUUUAAAGAGAUGUUAAAAUGUUUCUAGAGAGGGAAAACAAAAGAUCAGGAGUAAGAAUAGCAUUGGAUUUCUCAACAGCAACCUUGACAUAUGACAAUGGUGUAUGCCUUUGACAUUCUAAGGGAAAUGAUUUCCACCAGAAUUUUAUACCCUCAAGUGUGAAUAUAGAAUAAAGACAUUUCAGACCUUGUACCUCUUAAAACUUUAUCUCCCCUGCAUCCUUUCUCAGAUGUGCAACCCUAAACAAGUGUUAAGAAAAAGGCAAGAUAUGUGGACCCUCUAUUACAAUCUGUAUAUUGGAAGUCUUCUAAACACAAAAAUAGAGGGCCCCUGUCUGUGUGGAGCCAUCUGCAUCUUGGAAGGACAGUCCUAAUAGGGUGCAGACUUCCAGAGACCUACCUUGGGUACAGUGCCCACCCUCACUACUUCUGACUCUGCAGUGACUCUUCACUACUCAAUUGCAGUCUAUGCCUUUGCAAAAAAUGGGCUGUUUGUACACUUUGAAUCAGAUGCAAGGCCCUAUUUGUCUGAAAUUUGUCCAUCUCAUUACUGUUCCAAGUGACCUCCCAUCAACAAACAUUCCCUUGCAAUUUCAUCUAGUUAUUUUUUAUGAUCUGGAAGAAGCCACCAUUAUUUUCUGUUACCUGUGGUUACAAGAGAAGUAAAUACGUUCUGUUGUAGCAUCCACUCGUGCAGACAGCUUGACUUUGCCCACUGCAGGAAGCAGAGGGUAGUGGUUAAUCAUUCGGAGCCAGGCCAACUUUGGUAUGAACCCAGGCGUGUGACCUUGGUUAAGUUAUGGAAACUGCACUAAUUUCCUUAUCUGUAAAAUAGGGAUGACCAUCUACCUCACAGGAUUGUGCUGAGGAUUAACUGCAUUAAUACACACAGAAGUGGUUAGAACAGUGACUGGAGCAUAAUAAAAGUGUUAUUUAUUAUCAUAAUAUCAUUGAUAAGUUUUGACUUAUCAUGUAUAUACCAGUGAAACAAUCACCACAAUCAAGAUAAUAAACAUAGCCAUAACACCCAAAACUUUGUUUAUGCCCCUUUGUAAUCCCUCCCUCUUGGC